CAUUAACAGAUUGAAAUGAGGACACAAACGUGCCAUUUUCAUUUUGGAUUCACAGAGAGGACAAACACACCACAGACUUUCACCAUGAAGGCUUUAUCUUCACCAGAGUCUCCACGAAAAAGGACCAUGAGGAGGGUGUCCAAACCUCUGAUGGAGAAACGCAGACGGGAGCGGAUCAACCACAGUCUGGAGACAUUACGACUCCUGAUGCUGGACAAGACUCACAACGAGAAACUGAAUAAUCCAAAGGUGGAGAAGGCAGAGAUCCUGGAGAGUGUGGUCGAUUUCCUGAAGACAGAGACGGAGGUGGGGAAAGGUCACCGGGCCGUGAAGAGAGUCCUAUCCGGGGAGAAGAGACAGGCCUGUGCGCGCCAGACGACCAACUACCAUGACGGCAUGAGGUCCUGUCUGCUGAGGGUCAGCCACUUUAUAGCCAGCAAGAGCCAGGAGUUAGGAGAAAGUGGAGGGAAUGCAGUGCAGGGUACAGCUUCCUCUCCCGGGCAUCUCCACAGGGCACUGAUGCCCUCUCCUCCUGGUGACUCUGCUGCUCAUCUGCUCCAGCAUCACCGGACCUCUCAUCCAUACCUCACCCAGGUGACUGGCAUCCACGGUGACACCAGGGAGUUGCUCUCUUCCACGCACAGCACUGAUCCCGUGUGGAGGCCCUGGCCUCAGUAACAAGACUCUUGGACACAGAUUUUUAUUUUGUGCUAUAGAUGCAGACAGACUGUAAAUAUGUAUUCUAUUGUACAGCCUGGAUCCUUUUGUACAGUGAAGAUAUUUUCCAUGAAAACUCGUAAAUUUUUUUAGCUUUACGGUCCUCGCGAUUUUCACGCAUUAUGUUUUUUCAUAUGUGUUUUUUUUAGAGUUUAGCUGUAAAUAUGUUUUCAUGCGGCACUGUGCGCAGAUUGCUGUUAUUUUUGCCGGGACGCGUGCGUAAAAUCGCUUUAUCUGCUUUUAUCGACCUUUACAGCUUGAUCUAUUUUUGUAUCUUUGCUCUGAGGUGUACAUAUUUGAGACAUGAUUGUGCUUUGUUGAAUUCUCUGUCCCUGUUUACAAUAAAAAGCACAAUUUCCCUGAUCAUUCCA